GAUGGCUGCAAUGGAUUAUAACAUCUCUAAAAUUACUCCGUUAUUGUUGAUUUAUAGAUAUCAUGGAGAGUGGGAAUCAUUAACAAAUAAUGUUUAAAAUUACUUUUCUAUAUUAGCCAUUUAAUUAUUUAGAAUAGACAAAAGGGGAAACAUUUAUAUAAUUUAAUCCUCAACAUGAUUUGACAUAGACUGAUCUAACAUUAACUAAAAUAGGUUCAAUUAAUAUGAUGUUUCUUGAUCCUAUUUACUUUGAUGAAAAAAUAAUCUUAGGGGUAUUUAACAUUACUGAUAUGAAUGAAACAACAUUGUAAUGAAUUAUAAUAAUAUUUAGGUCAUGGCAUGGGAAAACAGAUUUUGUAUACUAUAAAUAUUAUAAAGAGAAAGGUGGAUAACCUAAUAUCUCUUGUAAGGUUGAAUAUGACAUAUAAUUAAAUUAUCAUGAAGGUAAGAUAAGAAUUUAAUAAAUAUUAGAUGAAGUAGAUUAUAAGAAAAUAGAUUUUACAAUCAAAUUAAAAAAUGAAGAGAGUAAUGAUAAAGAAUGCAACAUUGAUAUAAUAACAGAAUAUUAGCAUUAUUAAUCAAACAUAUAUAAAUAAGUAUUAUUUUAUAGUGCUAUGCUAAAUGUAUUAUGUGCAAUAUAAUAUUUUUGUGUAACAAAAUUAAUAGAUAGUGUUUUAAGAGAUGAUGAAAAUUCUAUUGUUUAAAGAGUAAAUCUAAUUAUAUUAUUUAGAUAUCUAUUUUUUGUGUAGGUUUUGUGACAAUUUAUGAUACAUUCUUAGCAUUUAAAAAUUUAAGUUUUGCAUUUGGAGAAGCUGUAUAAAUUUAUAUUUAUAUCAUAUUAGUAUUUCCAAUAUUUCAUUUUACCUGCAUUUUUCUUUUUUAUGCUUACUAUGAAUUGUGAUUUAAAAUUAUUAUGGAUCAUUUGCAGAAUAAGAUUUUAAGAUUAAUUCUUAGAUUAAUAAAGUUAAAGAUAAUUUUUAACAAAAUUCUUUAUCAUUUAUUGUAAUAAUUUAAUAUUUAAUUUUAUUAGAUGUUUCAGUCCUAACUUUGUUUUUAUUAUUAUAAGAAUAUGAAUUGUAUAAUUCAUUUUUAUUGAUAAUUGGAUUCUUUAUGACUCCUCAAAUUAUACAUAAUAUUAGAUUAGGAACUAAUCCAAAAUUCAUACCAGAAUAUAUAUUUGGAUUUUUAUCUAUCAAUAUUGCAGUUCCUGUAUAUUAAUUUAAUAGUUUAAGUUAUACUUCAGAGGAUAUCCCAAUAAUUUUAGAAGAUUAAAACCAUCACUUGAAUUUUGUAUUUGUUGGGUUUUAAUUUAUUUGGUUUAAAUUUUGAUAUUGUAUUUCCAAUAUAAAAAGGGUCCUCGUAAAAUUAUACCAAAAUGUCUAUUACCAAAAUAAUACAAUUAUUAUUAAGAUUAUAAAGUAUAAGAACUAGAAGAUUGUGCAAUAUGUUUGUUACAUUUAAUGAUUGAGCCUGAUUAAUAAGAAUAAGAUUUAGACAGAAUGUUGGUUAGUAAAGUAUUAAUGAUUACACCCUGUGGUCAUAAGUUUCAUCCUUCAUGUUUAAAAAGUUGGAUGGAAGUUAAAUUAUCUUGUCCUACUUGCAGAAAUACUAUUCCUCCAAUUUGUGAAUGAA